AUGUGCUUGGCAUGCAAUCUGGCAUGGGAUGCAGUUUGUUGCGUAUGGGAACUGAUAUGCGGCCUUAUGGAUGACAGGGAGCUCACGGGUUCACAUCCUGAGAAACCUGGCUGGCUUGAGCUGAUGAAGAUCGCUCUGGGCAAGCUUGUUCCUGUAUCCUUUGGGGAUAGUUUGAGUGAGAAUGUGGAGCCAGAUGUGGCACGGCAAGAAUUUCUUUCUGGUGGACAGGAGAGCCUUGACGACUUACUGGCCGCCUUGAGCUUCUCCCUUUCUCAAGAGUCCAUGGAUCCCAGCACACUGGAAAAACUGACCAAGGUUGUGCUUGCCCGAAGAACAGAUCUGCAAUUAACUGGGCAUUUGAACUCCCUUGAGUUAUUGGGAGCACUACAGGAUGCCGAUCCACAAGCCUACCAAUUGGCGCUUUGCAUCCCUGAUGGCGGAAGCUUCAUUUCCAGUACUCCAGAACGCCUGUAUGCACGUACUGGGGACAAGAUCGCUUCAGAAGCCGUGGCAGGAACAAGAGCCAGAGGCCCCAAAGGGGAUGUUGAGAAGGACUUCUGGCUGGGGUUUGACAUGCUCCAAAGCCACAAAGACCAUGUAGAGUUCACGCUGGUCCGGGACUGGCUUCAGGAUGCCCUCUCCAGGGUGUGCAUGAGUGUUGUCGUGGAUGUCCCCAAAACUGUGAUGAAGCAUGGGGCAGUACAGCACCUGUACAGUCUCCUGAGUGGGACACUUGCCAGUGGGACGACAGAUGCUGAUUUGCUGAAUGCCUUGCAUCCAACACCAGCGAUCGCUGGCAGACCCCGCGAUAUUGCCCAGGAAUUUCUGCAGCUGUACGAAGAUUUCGACCGCGGAUUCUAUGCUGGACCCUUUGGGUGGAUUAGUGGUGGAGGUGCAGAGUUUGUGGUGGCCAUUCGCUCGGCACUGAUAAUAGAAGGUUUUCUAGGCUCUCAAGCCCCUUCAGUCCCGGGUCAGCAGCAAUCUGUCAAUUUUGCUGAGGGCAUUGUGCCUGAGGAUGACACCACCCUUGAGCGACAUGCAGUCCAGCUGUAUGCUGGAGUGGGUGUCGUGAAAGAGUCAGAUCCCCAGAUGGAGUGGGAGGAGUUGGACCUGAAGGUGAAGCAGUUUGAGCGCUUGCUUGUUCCCAGGCCAGGGCCCCUUGACCAGAUGAAUAUGAACAUGGUGUGGACUUCAAUGAUCGUUGAGGAGCUCUGCAGAAUGGGACUGAACACUGUUGGGAUAGCCCCGGGCUCCCGAUCAUCCCCACUUACAGCAGCCCUUGCCAUGCAUCCUCGAGUUCGAGUGGUCCCUUGCAUCGAUGAGAGAUCCCUUGGCUUCUGGGCUCUUGGUUUUGCUCAGGCCACUGGGCGUCCAGCACCAGUUGUGACAACAUCAGGAACAGCCGUUGCCAACCUGCUCCCAGCAGUUGUGGAGGCAAGCAUGUCCCAAGUGCCCAUGCUGCUGCUGACUGCAGACCGGCCUCCUGAGCUCCGAGACACAGGGGCAAAUCAAUGCAUCGAUCAGGUCAAGAUCUUUGGUUCCUAUGUGCGCUGGGCUCAAGAUCUCCCUCCGCCAGACAGCAAGACACCAGGCCGUAUGUUGCUGACAGCUUUGGACACCGCUGUUCGUAUUGCCACGAAUCGCCAUAAUGCUGGCCCUGUGCACCUCAACCUGCAGUUCAGAGAACCCCUGGCACCAACACCUGCAGCAUCAGCUGUGACAAUUGAUGACAGCAUGUUGCAGCACUGGCAGAAAUCGUUGAAACCUUUCACAGCAAUGGAUGUUCCUGUUGAUGACCAAGCCCAAAAUUUGCAGGCAGCUGGGGCUGUCAGUGAGGUUGUUCAGAUAGUGAAGAAUGCAACAAGAGGUCUGCUGGUAGUGGGUCACCUUUGUACUCCCAGGGAGACCCAUGCUGCAGCGCACCUUGCAUCUGUACUACAGUGGCCCACCAUAGCAGAUGUACUGUCAGGGCUUAAGGUUGGCAAUCAUGGGAACGGGUUUCAAGACCUGUCAGUGUAUUAUGCAGACAAUAUUUUGAUUGCUAAGGAAGCCUGGGCAGCCCUGGCCCCUGACGUUGUGCUUCAGGUCGGGGGCCACUUGACCUCAAAGAGGCUGCAUGAGUUCUUGUCAUGGUCCACUUUAACGGGCAGAGAGGACGGGUCCAGGCUGCCAUGGAUAUCCAUUAUACAACAUCCAGGUCGUGACGAUCCAGCACACCUCUUAUCGCACAGCCUCCAGGUGGAUCUUAGCUCGUUCUGUUCCCACCUGCCCCCUUGUGGUACUUCCCAAUCGUCUUACCUUCAGCUCUGGCAGUCGGUGGACCAGGCAGUGUCAUAUGCUGUUGGCACUGCAAUGGUCGAGCUCCAGCAAGGGACAGUUGUUUGUGAGCCUUCUGUUGCCUGGGAAGUUGCACAAUCCCUGCCAAGUGGCCAAGGUCUAUUUUUGGGGAACAGCAUGCCCAUCAGGGAUAUGGAGAUGUUUGCUGGAGAGUGUUGCAGGCAUGGAAAGCAAUUCGAUGUCGGGGUGCCAGUGGCUGCAAACAGGGGGGCCAGUGGCAUCGAUGGAGUGCUGAGCUCUGCAGCUGGCUUUGCUGUAGGUUUGCAGAGACCAGUCACACUGGUCAUUGGCGAUGUUUCGUUCCUGCACGACAUCAAUGGGCUCAACCUUCUACGGAGUGGCGAGGACUGGCCAGUGCUGACAGUUGUCCUGAUAAAUAACAGUGGAGGAGGAAUAUUCAACUUCCUUCCAAUCGCUGAUGCAGUAUCCCAAGAGGACUUUACAGCAUUGUGGACAACACCGCAGCAUGUUGCGCUGGAAGGAAUGUGCCGUUCUCAUGGUAUCCCUCAUCAGAAGGUCUGUCAUCCCGAUGAACUCUCACAUGCACUGAAAACUGCAUGGUGUCUGAAAAGGCAUUCAGUUGUUGAGAUCGUCACAGACAGGAACACAAAUCUUGACAUCCAUCGCCACAUGCAAUCCAUGGCACAACAAGCAGUGAACUCAGUAGUCACGCUGCCAGGUGCUCACUCCAACAUGCCACAGUAUUUGCAAGACACUGUGUCAUCGAGGAGUGGCUCAUAUCUUCUGAAACUACAGGACAUCAGCUGGCAAAAUUACUGCCUGGAAACUAAAAGUGGCAUCACAUCAUGUGCAGAACAACAAAGCCGAGAAGGUCUUCUGGUAACGAUUGAAUUGGUGGAAUUGCCAGGGGUCAAGAAAUGGUACGGCAUAGGUGAAAUAGCUCCUUUGCCUGGCCUGAACGCAGAAUCGCUGCAAGAAGCAGAGAGCCAGCUGAGACUGAUGGCACAAAUUUUGAAGGGCAAGCAGGUUCCAUCUUCAGUUGGCUUGGUGCCUGGCCAGCUGCACAGGUGGCUUGCAACAGAACUUGGGGGUGAUAUUGAAAGUUUGGCAUCAUCAGUUAGGUUCGGCAUAGAAACUGCAAUUCUGCAUGCUUUGGCAGCUUCGAUGGGUUCAGAAACAUUCAUGCUUGCACAUCUUCUAGCCCAUCCCCUGGAUGAGCACAUUGACUACAGUGUGUCGCUGAAUGCCCUUGUGGACCCAAGGGGGGAUAGCAACAAGGCUGUGGAGCUGUCAAGAGAAUACUUUUCUCAGGGCUUCUCAUCUCUCAAAGUAAAAGUUGCCAGGGAAGGGUCACCCGAGACAGACGCUGAAAUCGUCAAGGCGAUCAGGGCUGCUGCUGGAAAGGACGUCAAGAUUCGUGCUGAUGCCAACCAGGGUUGGGACUUAGAUGAGGCUGUUCGUUUUGGUAUCGCAGUUCAUGAUGCUCAUCUGGAGUAUGUGGAAGAGCCUACAGUGCAUGCAGAAGACUUGUGUGAAUUUUUUAAGAGGACUGGGGUUCGCUUUGCUCUUGAUGAGACUGUCGUUGAGCAAGUGAGAUCAGGGAGAUCUAUCAGAUUUAGAAAGGGGGACGGAUUGGCUGCUUUGGUGGUUAAGCCAACAGUUUUGGGAUCUGUUGAUGCGAUUAUGGAAAUAGGGAGAUGGGGAAGGGCAAAUCAAGUAGAUGUUGUAGUGAGCUCCUCAUUUGAGAGCUCAGUGGGACUCAGUACUCUUUGUCAAGUUGCAGUGGCGACAGAUGCCAUUAGAAAAAACUCACGAGAUAGACUUGGCCACCAGGACCCUGUGCUCAGCUAUGCUCCAGCUCAUGGACUGGCCACCACAACAUGGUUUGCAAACAGUGUUGUUGCGCACCACAGUGUUGAGAUUCAGGAACUUGGUGACUCUUUAAAGGAGCAAAACAUUCUGAAGUCAGCACGCAUGGGACUUGAAGACACCUGGAAGAUCAUGCAAGCAGCUGCCAAGGGAAACAAUCUUGAUUCUACAACAGUCUCCAUGCCCACUACAAUCACCACAAGGGAGUCUUUGGUACCCGUGCAGGGGGAGGUGGAGUACAUAUUUAGGGUUCUUGAAAUGCUGCCAAAUCAUGCACCAUUGCCAUUACCCGCUGAAGGGGACGAUGAUGCUCACUCUGCAUGGCCUGUCACCACGCCCAGUAAUCCACCCAUUGUGGUUUUCCUGCAUGGGUUCCUGGGGUCAUCAGAUGACUGGGUGCCACAGAUGGCAUCUCUUUCGAAAUCGUGCUGGUGCAUAUCUGUGGACUUGCCUGGACAUGGGGAAACCCAGGUUUUCGAAGGCAACAAAGCCAGCACUGUUGAACGGAGUGCUGGCGGUAAUGGAAGGGUCCAUCGUGUGCAUGGACAGAAUGUGGAUUACGUGCCAGCGGCUUUCCGCAGUGAAGGCAGUGAGGCAGAAUCUGAGGACAAGGCACCACAGUCCAAAAGCCAAGAAGUGGCAGCUGGCACGGGGGGGAUGGCAACCAACGAUGGCUUCAUUGGGGAUGGUGUACAAUCUGCAGCACAGUGUGCAUCAUAUGAAGGGUAUUCUUUAGAGAAUGUUUCAUCCGCAAUUGUCACACUUUUGGAGACCCUUGGAAUCUCACAGUGCACGCUAGUUGGGUAUUCUCUGGGGGCCAGGGUAGCUCUCACAGUGGCUUCUCAAUUGGAUGCAGGCUCAAAACUGAGGUGUGAAGGAGUGGCCUGCAUCUCUGGAACCGCAGGCAUCCCAGACCCUGAACACAGAUUGAUGCGUGCCAGACGGGACGACGACCUGGCUUUUGCGUUAAGGUCAGGGGGCCUGGAAGCUUUCCUUGGGAUGUGGUACAAGGGGCCACUGUGGCAGGGGCUCCGGCAGCAACCACAAAUCCUUGAAAGGUUGCUGGCACACAAAGCGAGGAUAGGCAAUGUGGAGAAUUUGAGUCAUGCUCUAUCGGGGUUGAGCACUGGGCGAAUGGUUCCUUUGCAUGGCUGGCUCUCCACAUGCUCCUUGCGGUUGCUCUUUGUUGCUGGCCAGGAAGACGUCAAGUUUGUUCACUUAGGGAAGCAAAUGGCAUCAGAGGCUUCGAAGAGAGCCACAUCAGAUGUCACAACUGGAGGAGAAAAUAAUCGGGGCCCUGAGACCCAUGAUAGCUUGUUGCAAAGCAGCGACACAGCGAGGCGGGUAAGGUUUGUUGAGAUAGAAGGCGCUUGGCAUGCUGUCCACAUUGAGAAACCGCUUGCGCUUUCCAAACUUUUGCAUGAUUUUAUUGUGGGUUAG